CGUAAAAGGAAAAAUUUCCAAUCGGAGCCGACGCCGUCGUACGAAUGAGCUGAUUGCCAACGAUGCGCGACGCCGUAGCCGUACACCGUGCCGACGUCCCCUAGGACACCCUAGGAAUCGACGUAACGUUUCGCGCGAGUGCGAAAAUGUAAUCGCCCCCGUCGUGUCGUGUUGUGCCUUCCCCAAUUCAGGAGAAGCGUCAUUCACGAGAUUGUCUGCGAGUAGAUCUAGAUACCGUCGUUCACGACGCCAAUCUCAAACUUUUAUUCGCUCCGUUCCCAGGCAUGAACGGACAAGUGCAGUCAUCGCGGGAGAGGUUAGGUGGUUUUGGUCCUGUGAAUCUUGGAUUAUUUUCCGGGAUGAUUGCCGCAGAUCGUGUUCCUACCAUUCAACUCUCGGACGCCGAGCUAGACACCAUGGCCGCGACGGAGGUCGACAGCAAAGUCAAGACGAAAUUGCUCUCUAUGUGGAACAAUGUUAAAUAUGGAUGGACUGUAAAGAUGAAGACGAACUUCUCCAAGGAAUCUCCCGUGUGGUUGUUGGGUCAAUGUUAUUUGAAGAAAUCAGAAUAUCCCUUGGAGAGAGCAUCGGAGGCGUUGGAACCAGUUGGAACAGGCAGUCAGGUCUCCUUGGCGAUGGAUGCCACCAAUUUUGAGAACACCAUCGAGGAGUUCAAGAGAGAUUUCACAUCCCGUCUCUGGUUAACGUACAGACGAGAAUUCCCGAUUCUAAACGGCUCCACUUUCACCACAGACUGCGGCUGGGGCUGCAUGCUGCGUAGCGGGCAAAUGAUGCUGGCGCAAGCGUUAGUCUGCCAUUUUCUCGGACGAGAGUGGAGAUGGCGACCAGAACAAUCGACUGAUGAGAACAGUCAUCGGAUGAUAAUCAAAUGGUUUGGUGAUCAGCCAACACCGGAAUCCCCAUUUUCUAUACACAAGUUGGUAUCGCUUGGCGCUUCGACAGGGAAACGCGCGGGCGACUGGUAUGGUCCCUCUUCGGUUGCACAUCUUUUGUGUCAGGCUAUGGAACGCGCCAGCGAGGAUCCCAACAGUAAGCUCAAUCAAUUGGCGGUGUAUGUUGCCCAAGAUUGUGCAGUAUAUCUGCAAGACGUCGAGAAUGUCUGUUGCACUCCUGAUGGUAGACGAAAGGCGCUGAUAUUAUUGGUGCCCUUGAGGCUCGGUGCAGACAAAUUGAACCCUGUCUAUGCGCCCUGUUUGACAUCGUUAUUAACAUUGGACACGUGCAUUGGCGUAAUUGGCGGCCGACCACGACAUUCGCUUUACUUCAUCGGCUAUCAGGACGACAAACUGAUCCAUUUGGAUCCGCAUUACUGUCAGGAAACCGUUGACGUCGAAGGAAAUGAGAAAUUUCCAUUAACAAGUUUUCACUGCACGUCACCGAGAAAAAUGCUGCUCUCAAAGAUGGAUCCCAGUUGUUGCGUAGGCUUCUAUUUUCCUGACAAAGAGUCACUCACUGACUUUAUGGAAACAAUUCGGCGGUUUGUGAUACCGAAUCAGAAGAUGGAUUAUCCGAUGUUCCUAUUCUGCGAAGGAAGCGGUAAGGAUCUGCAGCAAGGAAUCGAGGUUGUUGAGGGUUCUCUCUCAUCGACAGGUCAGUUCAUCGGUCACGAGAACGUGGACGAUCUGUACGAGUGCGAGGAAUUCGAGUUGCUGCAUUAAAAUAAUAAAAGGAAAAAAGAAGAGGACAAAUUCGGAGAUGUGACACGUGUGAUCGCGUGUUUACCUGAGUUAUUCUUGUGAGAAUGUCUCUUGUUCGUCCAAUACCUCGUGGCAAUACUUCCUUUCAUAUAGCCGCUUUUUCAGAGCGCAUGUAGGAAAACGUUAUAGCAACCGCGAGCUUUGAGAUGUAUCAUCUUAAAAAAGGUGGAGGCGCUCAAGAGGUGGAGUGCAGCGCAUUCCCAUCGAUCUCAAUGCGUAUAUGAAGAUAGGAUUCGAGUUAAUUCAAUGACCAGUUACUGUUACUUGAGAUAAGAAAUAAGAAAGCCAGAUUAUUCUGAAUGACGUUAGUACAACUUAUUCGAUUAAACUGAUUCAUUCGUCUUUUCGAUUAUUUAAUGUGUACAUAAGAUGUAUGUAAUUAUUAUGACGAUGUACAAUUUUUCAUAUUUCUAAUUAUUAUCUUGAAAUUCGUUGAUGGCUUCAUAUAUUGAUCAUUAGUAAUAACUUGAUAAUAAUUUAAUAUGACUUAAUAUUAUAAUAGUCUAUUUAUAAGCGAAUAUUUAUUUCGCGUAUUACAACGAGGCAGUUUUCGGCAGUUUUGAAAUAAUGUUACGACGCGCGUUAAAAAAUCCCAUUAAAUUGUCGAUUUGAAAACUGAAAAUUGCAAUGCAUAUUUUGUGUAAUUCUCUUGAAAUGUACGCAACAAAAAUCCGGGCGAAUCUCGCGCGACGAUUCUCAAGUCUGAUUUAUUUAAAACUAAAAUAGUAAAGUAAUAAGAUGUUAAUUUAUUUAUUUAUUUAUUUAUAAUUGAGUUAUUGUUAAGUAACUCUUCUGCCUUGAAAAGGGAAUAAAGAUGGAUAUGAGGGACGUAAACAUGAUAUACAGGGUGAAGCAUUUAAUAGUGUAUGCCUAAAUGUAUAAAAAAAUUUGAUAUCUCUAUUUAUAUAUAAAUAUAUAAAUAAAAAAAAGAUCUGAAAAGGUAUUGAGAUCGUAUUAUAAACCGAAAAGUAUUGCGAUAACGUUUUUGAAAUUUCGAAAGCUAUGACAUUAAAUGAGUUUUUUCUCUAUUAUAGUUUUAUAAGAUAUAUUACUUCGUCUUCAACAAUAUUUCCAAGAGCAGGAAAUAUUUGCAAUAAAAUAAAGUAGAAUAGAGAAUAGAAUAGAAAGAAAAAAACAUUCAUUUUGCGUCUUAAAAUUAUUCGAGCGCUCUAAAAGCACUAUAUGUGCAAAUUGCUUGAUUGAUGACAAAUAAACCUAGAGUAAUAAACCUUCUAAAUAUAACAAAAUAGAUUUAAAAAUAGAAAAAAAGAAUGAGAGGAAGUUAUUGGAAAGAAUUAUUAUAAAAAUUAGAGUAUUAAAAAGAAUUUAUUAAAUAGAAGAUUGCUAAAGAAUCGUUUAGAUAUACACUUUUUUUAGAUGCCUCGGACUGUAUAUGUAUGUAUACGUGUAUGCGUAUGUAUAUUGUACUUAUACUGUUGAAUAUGUACACAAUAUUAAAUAUUGUUAUAUAUCUCUUACAAUGAUAAUGCUAUAUGCUCGAAAUAAAAUGAAAAAUAUAUGGCAAU